CAACAUGGAAGGCGGCCGCAAUCCGACCCCGAACCGGCAUUCGAUACAACAAACACCACAUUAGUGUACCUACCUAACCUACCUACCUAGGUGCAUAGUAGUAUUCUUUCCAGUCGAUCAUAACCUUCUUUUUUUUUUUUCUCUCUUUUUUUUUGCGCCGUCGCCCAUUUCCUAGUCGAAACCAUAUAUCCCACUUCGGCCUAUUAUUCGAACUCGAUCAUUAUUUACAGGUUAAUAUCUAGAGGCACCUAAGGUAAUUUGUCGCGAUACAAUACGAAACUUAUCAUUCGCUCGACUACACAUUCGCUUCUCUCCAUGAGUGGCGCCGCGGUCUGGUCCCAGACGGUGGGCAUUUGGUCGGGUCUGCCACCAUGCUGAGCACCUCUCACAAGUCGUUGGGUACCCAGCCUACUAAUUCCCCCAUCGCCCCUACGCGACCGAGCCUCGAUGGCGGCCUUCGACCACCUGCCGCCGGCGAUGGUGCCCGAAGUAUCGCCCCUACGCCCACCUCCCUCGCCCCGAGAGGUGGUGCUCCCGUCAACCCUUCUCAACCCCCGGGGAGUUUUAGUUCCGACCUACGUAGCCAGACCGCCCAGUCGCGAGCCGUUUCGAGAGCCGACGCUUACAUCCGGGAAAAGCUGGACGAGGACGACGAUUCUAUCACCGAGAAUACGCUCAAUGCGUUGAAGGACUCCCUAAGCCGCGAGAUGAAGAUCAAGGAGGGAAGCGAGAAUAUGCUAGAAGCUCUAAAUGCAAAGAAGGCAAAACAAACCAAGGAGCAGCGUCAGAGGGUCGAAGCCGAGCUUACAGCCGCGAAUUCGAGGAUAAAGGAGCUAAAGCAGAAGAUCACAGAUGCGCAGCGGUCCAAGGCUGUGCCCAGCACACCUACAAGAACACGCAACGACGGGUUGUUGCGUAAUGAGGGCCUGCGAUCCCCCCCAAGCGCGCCUAGAAGCGGCGCUGGCUCCGACUUCGAUGAACCGACGGAAUCCCCGACGGUGGCACUCGAAGAACUGCUAUCGGCUUUAGAAGUCGAGGGAAUGUCCCCUGAAUAUUAUGUGGGGGCAGCCAACAACUUCGUGGAUCUCUUCAAAAGGUACCCCACGCUGAAGUAUGAUUUGGCCUGGGCCGAAUUCGGGGAUAGAAUGCAGGCCAUACUGCUUAGUGGGAGUAGGGAAGUGGUGGCUUCAGGAUACCGAAUGCUACGAUAUGCCAUCUCCGACAUAGCCUCUCUAAAGAAGAUUCGUAGCUUAAACACCGACUACAUGGUGGUCGUGUCUCUCGCCAAGGACCGCAAGGCCGACGUGGAACGCGAGCAGGCUCUCAAGUUCGUCCGGGCCUUCCUGGACGUGAAGGAAGGUGUUCGCGAGGUGUCUAGGGCUGUGGUUAGGACUAUAGCAGCAGUCGCCGAGCAAGUUGAAGAUCGACUCCGGCCAAUCUGUAUCGAAACGCUUGGCGAAAUCCUACUGCGAGAUCCCGCAUUACUUGUAGCGUCUGGCGGUUUGGUCCCGUUAUCAGAAACACUUGCCGAGGGCACUUAUAAAUCUCCCGAAUCCUUGUGCUCGGUGUUUCUCUAUCUGCUAGAUGCGCCACACACGCGCAAGUACUUACGAGCCGGAUACGAGCUAGAGGUUCUAUUCACAGCUUUCACCGACGCCCUACUCUCGUACGAGGGGGUUGUAAAGCAAAACGCAAAGGCAAUUGCUUCCGCCUUAAAGAGUUGGUCUGGGCUCAUGACCCUGUCUAUGUUUAACUUCCGAGCGAUCGGCUCUUUAAUAUCGAGUUUGAUAUUGCCUAGCGCAACGAUUCGGGACACCGUGAUGGAUUUGCUUUAUUCCCUUCUUCGCAUUAAACCUCCGGCGUGGGCCACGUCGUACCUUGCAGGUCGGCGUUUGACAACAUAUGGAAGAGUGACGACGUUGAAAUCUUCGACGCCGAGUAAAGACGAUACAGUGUACGAAGACGACGGCGCGGAGCAAAACUUUGUGGAGCACUAUACGGCAUUGCUUCUAGCUAUAUUUAUUAAAGCAGGCAUGAUGCCGAAUCUGCUCCAGGUUGCACAGGGCACCGACGAUCCUAUGUUGAGGCGAAAAACGACACUGCUCAUAGGCGAAACCCUCAAACUCGCGAGUAGAAUCCUUCCGCCUUCUUGGAGUAGCGAACUGCAGUUACUUCCAGAACUGUUCGCAGCGGCCUCACAUUUCGAAGACGAAGCACAUUUCAAUGCAACCGGAAUUGUUUACCAGAUUAGCAGCGUAAGCCGGACGCUUUACCGGUCGUCUCCCACAGGUUAUGCUCCUGGAUACCUUCCCUCUAGCAGCAUGCUGGAAAACAUGGGCCAUGCGGAAGAGGCUCCAAAAGCCAAUGCUUUGCUUAACCCGGAUGAUGCCACAUUCCGUCAGCUACUCAUAGACUCGGGAGUUCUUGGCCACUCGAAUCCUUCGAAAUGGGACUGGGAUGUUGUCCUAAAGAUAAUCGAAGGACCGUUGAUGAAUGGUAAACGUUUGGAAGAAGCCAUCAAGGCGUCGAAAUUCGCAAAAAGGCUGGUGGGAUUUUAUCGGCCUUUUAAGUUCAAAUUCUCGGAGAUCAAGAGCACACGAAAUACACAGAAAUAUGUCCGGGUUGGCUGCGCACUUAUUCACACACUGCUCCAGACAGCGGAAGGAAUAAAAUACCUAGCGGACAAUAAGCUGCUGAGGCAAAUUGCCGAAUGCUUAGCCCAAUGCGAUCCGACCAGCGGUUUAACUGCGCAGUAUCCAAUGUUUUCGAGAGAUCGCCUCACGGAUACCCUGUGUGGCGGUUAUUUCCCCAUGCUUGGCGUUCUAAGCAGCGAACCCAAGGGAUUGCAAAUGCUCGAGAGAUGGCGUAUCUUCAACAUGAUGUAUCAUAUCAUCGAUUUUAAGCAAAGACCGGAUCUUAUCAAAUUACUUCUCAGCAAUCUCGACUAUAGUCUUCAAGGUCACCCGCGCAUACUAUUAUCAAAGGCUUUAACAGCCGGCACAAAGGAAAUACGAAUACAUAGCACUACCGUACUUCGAAAGUAUGCAACAAGACAACGAGUUACGCCGACAGGCCAACUUAUCUCGGACUCGAAGUGGGCAAUUCAACUACUUGUUACACAACUCUACGAUCCAGAAGUCGAGGUUUGUGCCACAGCUGUUAAAAUUCUCGAGAAGGCUUGCAAUAGUAAAGCGCUGUUAGAAUAUAUAGUGGAAUGCCGGCCCGCGUUGGACCACCUUGGAGAGAUAGGAGCACCUUUAUUGCUCCGGUUUUUGUCCACCUCCAUCGGUUAUCACUAUCUAGACGGCUUGGACUACAUAAGUAACGAAAUGGAUGACUGGUUCCUUGGGCGUAACGAUACCUACGUCAGCCUCAUCGAAGCUAGUUUAGCACGUUCUUUCAUAGAUACCCAUGAGGAUCAGCCACACCGCCUAAGUAUCUACGAAGACGACUUGGACACAGAUCAGGACAACCACGUACCGCCUCAUUUCUACCGAGAAUUGACGCGCACGAAAGAGGGCUGUAAAUUACUUGAGGACAAAGGCCACUUUGAAGAGUUUGCCUCGACAAUUAGGGAGUACGGGAUGCUCUCAGAUGAUCCUGAACUUCUCACUAAGGUUAAAGGGUGCCUAUGGGCAGUUGGAAACGUUGGGUCGAUGGAGCUCGGUGCUCCUUUUUUGGAAUCCACGGACGUAGUAGAACACAUCGUCAAAAUCGCCGAAUCUCAUGAUGUAAUGAGCCUGAGAGGUACUGCUUUUUUCGUCUUAGGCUUGAUAUCGAGAUCCACACACGGGCUAGAGAUACUCUCUGAGCAUGGUUGGGAAUCAAACACCACACCUCUAGGGAUGUCCCUGGGGCUUUGCGUCCCUUCGGAUCUUUCCAAAUUCUUCUCUUGCAAACCCUGGAAACACGAGAUCCCCGCGAAUAUACAAUUGUUAGAUACCCAGAAAACGGCGCUCGAACCUCCACCUGUGGAGAUCAACGAGCCGGACCCGACGAACCGGCGAAUAUUAGAGCUUAUGACCGAGCUAGGCAAUAUGGUGCUUUAUAAGAAGGCCAAGGCAGAAUUGCUUCAAUUGCGACAGAAAAAGGCACCAGGGUUCCGGCAGCCUUCUCUGUUCCGCAAGGUCUUGGCGUUACUAGAAUGUCACCACUUUAGGCUACCAGAUCGCCAUCUGGUGAUCGAGCUCUUCGACAAGAGCGUCCUACGACAUAUCCUAUACGACUACGAAAGCAACGACGAAUCGGCAAGCAGCUCGGGCGACGAACAGAGGACUGAGAGGCAGAGGAGCAUAAGCGACCCCGCUGAGAUGGAGAGGAUAAUAGCUAGGGGCUACAACUCGUCGAUAUAGCGGUGGAGUAGCAGAAUAACAGAGUAUCACAAGAUAAACAUAGCAUAUCGUGUUGGACCGGGAUGGGGGGGCGGAGGCGGAAAAGUAAGCGUCUAGGAGCAGCAAAAACUUUGGCAGAUUUUGGACAACGGCGAAGAUAUAGCCAGUUUGUUUGUUGUUUUGUUUUAAUCUUGGGAAGCUUGAUUAUACUUGACUUGAUUGGACUUUGGCACGAUUCAUCAUUCAUCAGCUCACUUAACUUGACCUGGCCUGUCCUGAUUCAACCCACCUAUACCUACCUACCUACUACUAUACCUCUACUUAUACCUACUAUCUACUACCUUGACUGUAGAAAAAAAAAAAGAAAUUUAGACGCGAUAUGACCCGAGAAAGGGAGAAAGGAAGGAGGGGAGAGACAAAAAGAAAAGUCGAUCGCUCGUUGCAACUUGCGCAUUUCAUAUUUCUGGGGAAAGGGGGAUUAAGGGGGUGGUGAUGGGUAUUAUCUUGCAUAUGGCGUGGCGGGUUAACCUCAGUUUACCUCUUACAUUAGGUUAGGUGUUGAUUGCACUUACUUGGGGUUUGGGAGCGGGUGGAUAACACAUGGGCGCCUGGAUUGAACUAGGUUAACUAUUUUCUGAUAGUUAUCAUUAUAUCACCAUUAUUAUCUUUAG